CUAAACGUAGUACAAAGUUCAGGAUAAGCGCGUUGUAGAGGGCGGAAAGGGGCAACGCGUAGGCGAAGAGUCCCGUUGAUAACAUUCCGUGAAGGCCUGCUGUUUUCGAGCCUAAGCAGUCAAUAUGGAAGCUGCUCUUGGCCUUGAUCUUGGAUCGCUGUUGAACCAGCUAGCAGUAACGCAGCAGGCUCGCUCAUCGGCCAAGCUUUCAGAACGAAAUGUUGUGGAGUUGAUCAACAAGCUGCGCCAGCUAGGUAUUCUCUCAGAAGGCGAGCUACUCCAUACAUUGAACGGCAAGGAGUACCUGACAGUCGACCGGUUGCGCAAGGAAAUCCAGGAUGCGCUUCGCCAGGCGGGGGGCCGUCUGGCCCUGGUCGAGCUUCCAACCAUCGUGGGUGUGGAUUAUAUUCAUUGCGAACGCCAGGCCGCGGCGAUUGUUGCCGAAAGCUCUGGCGCGGUCAUGGAGGUUCAGGGCGAGCUGAUCACGACUCAGUAUUUUGACUCCAUCGCUGCCGAGAUCAAUGAUCAGCUCCAGGAAGCUGGACAGCUGAAUAUCGGCGAAUUGGCUGCUCAAUACGGUCUGGCAACGGAAAUGGUGCUGAGCGUCGUGUCCUCGCGGUUGGGUUCCACCAUUAACGGUCGGCUGGAGGGCGGCCUGCUGUACACUCCCUCGUACCUUCGCGCCAUCAAAGCCCAGCUGCGGGGGGCCUUGCGCGGCGCCGCCGGCCCCGUCACGAUCGCCUCUCUGGUGCGGGAGGGGGCGCUGGGGCCGGUGGGGGCAGCAGGCGGCGGGACGGGUGCGGAGGCGGGAGCAGCAGCAGGAGGAGGAGCAGGAGGAGGGCUGGCGGCAGCGCUUGCGGGCGGAGGCGGAGGCGGUGUCAUCGCGACGCUGAUAGAGGAGCUGGUGCAGGAGGGCUCGCUCCGCGGUUCCCUGCGCGGCGGCGGCAGCACCUGGCUGCCCGCCCUGCACGCGGAGAUGCAGCAGGAGGCGGUCGCCAACUUCUACAGCCAGAACGGCUGGGUGGCGUACGACACAGUGCGGCGUCUGGGCAUCUCCAACGAGCGCGCCUUCCUGCGCUCCGCCUUCCCCGAGGGCCUGCCGCUGGAGUCGGCCUUCGUGGCGCCCUCGCUGCUGGCGGCGCUGGAAGCAGCGGUGGAGGACGUGGCCGCGCAGCAGCUUACCCUCUCGCAGGAGCCGCCGCCGCAGCAGCAGCAGCAGCAGCAGCGGGUAGCAGCUGGGGGAGGAGGGGGCGCAGGCGGUGACGCCGCGGGUGGUGCUGGUGCUGGUGUGACGAUCAGUGGCGGGUGGCUGGAUGUGUCGGGCCUGCUGCCCAGUGUGCUGAGUGGGGGUGACGUGGCGGCGCUGCUGGGGCGAGUGGCGCUGCUGAGGGAGGCGGAGCGCAAGCCGGCACGGGAGCGGAGGGUGGUUGUGGUGGGCGGCACCUGGGUGCUCAGCUGCUCGUUGCUGGCGGCGCUGCAAGAGCGAGCGGAGGCGGAGGCGCGCGCAGCAGCACGCAAGGCCCUGCAGGACAGGAAGGCGAGCGGCGCGGCGGCGGGCGGCUCCGCCGCGGCGGCGGCGGCGGCUGCGUCGGGAGGCGGCAAGAAGAAGGGCGGCGGAGGUGGUGCAGGCGGGGGCGACGAUGAUGAGGACGACUGGUCGAUGGGGUCAGGCAAGAAGGGCGCCAAGGGGAAAAAGGGCGGCAAGGGCAGCUCCUCUGCAGCCGCCGCCACCGCCACCGCAUCCAAAGGCGGCGGCGGUGGCGGCAAGGCCUCCGCUAAAGGCGGCGGCGGCGCUUCCGCCGGCGGCGGCAGCGGUGUGGGUGUGAGCGCCACGCAGCUGGCUGAGCUGUUGCCCGUUUGGUGCCCCGACAUGGAGUGGGGCGGCGAGGGGGGCGACGACAAGGCGGGGGAGGUGGCGGCGCUGCUGGUGGCGGGUGCAGUGGCGGCGUACGAGCAGGCGCUGCAGGCUGCCUUCACCGCGGGUGCGGAGGAGCGGCGGCGGCAGCGGGACUUCCUGGCGCGCCAGUUCGAGGAGGCCCACUGCCGGCUGCAGCUGUACGGCAGCGGGGCGGAGGCGUUUGCGGAGGACGAGGCGACGUACAGCACCCUGCAGCGCCAUGCGCUAAGGACGGCGGGUGCGGAGUGUGCGGACCUGCUGCACCGCUGGGCGCGAGUGGAGCACCAGCCGGAGGGGGCGGAGCAGGCGGCGGCAGCGGCAGGAGGGGCGGCAGGAGCAGCGGGAGCGGGAGGGGGAGGCGGCUUCCUGUCGGCGGCGGAGGUGAAGCAGGUGCUGCGGGCGGUGCCUCCGGACGUGGCGGAGGGGCUGGCGGCGGCGGCGGAGGCGCCCGCUGCCGCCAGUGUACGGGAGGCGGAGGCGCUGCUGGAGCGGGCGGCGGCGGCGGUGGGCGUGCGGGCGCGGCGACUGGACAAGAAGGG